AUGGAUACUGUGAGAAGCAUGUUGGAGACAAGGUUUAGCACCGCGAGUACGCUGCCUGGCACACGGAGCUUUCACCAAUUCCUUCCUCUCUCGGAGACUGUUAUGGCUACUAAACGUGUUUCGGAAGACGAGUCCUAUGCACUAGAGUAUAAUCUGGUGUUGGGAAAAAAGAACACAAUUAAGAUCCAAUCAGAUCCAAAAGUGUUUGAUUUUGUUGUUUGCUCUUAUGGUGAGAAAUACUGAUUGAGCUCAUUGAUUUAAUGGACAAAGAACAUGAGGAUGUUAGAGUCAAAUUUAUGCAUCCAAGCUCCCAGCAAGAUCCUUUUCUUGUCCAAAGAAAUAUUAUAUAUGUUUUGUACCAAUUGUGAUGUUGGAUGCAUCAUUGGAGCACCUGUCACGGGAACAGGAAGACAAUACACACUGGACGACAAAGACAUCGACACGAUUGAACAAGCAUUCGCUAAAGAACUCAAAGGUAGCAAUUAA